AUGUUAGGUGGAGACGCGCCUGCGAAGACAGAGACGGAUGCAGAGACGGAUAAGGUGACGACGCUGGCGGCGGAUGUGCGCGCGUUGAAGCAGCUCUUCCAGCUACGACAGGAACGUGGAGAGGUGGAGAAGCGGAUUGAAACGCUGAUGGACCGCGCCAAGCGGUCGGGAUUGUUUCGCACCACAGUUAGGACGGGGAGGAACCAGGCCUCGCUGCUGCGGCGCCGUGAAGUUAGCUCGCGCCACGAUACGCAGCUGCCGCCUGCGUACGUGUAUAGCAGGGUCCGCCGGUUGAAGACGCUGAGUGGACACUUGCAGAUUCAGGCGUACUGCUUGGCGUACGAUAAGCAGGGCAAGGUGGUCAUUACCGGAUCCGACGACAGGCUCGUCAAGAUUUGGUCGUUGAGGACAGGAGACUUGCUGUUUACUCUCCGCGGCCACGUCGGGAAUAUUACGGAUCUAGCGGUGAAUCACUCAAACACGCUUCUGGCCUCGUCCUCUGAUGACAAGACGGUUCGGGUAUGGGAGCUAAGUACAGGAGCCCCGAUUGCUGUAUUGGUGGGGCAUUCGAGUGUCGUGAAUGCAGUUCGGUUUCACCCGAAGAAGAACAUUAUCGUCACGGCCUCGGACGACGGUCGCUGUUUCUGCUACAAGGUGCCGGAGAUCCCGCUUGUGGAUAAGCCUGAAACCAAGAUCGAGACUGCCCGACGAUUGUACGCACUCAAGGCGUAUAUGCUGAGCUUGCACCCUAUUUACGCAAUGAAGCACGCUCGCCGCGAAGGAGUGCGGUCGUGCAAAGUGCACUGUGUAACGUUUAGUCGGUGCGGAGAUUUUGUGGCUUCUGGAGGACACGAUGGAAUCGCCCGCGUGUGGGAUUUAUCGAUGGUUUCGGCUCCAGACGCCCCUGCUGUGGUCCCAAGGUUUCAGCCCACUCAUGAACCGCAGAUUAUAGUUCAGGAAGAGCAGCCUAACAACGGAAACGGGUCGGGGCCUGGUGAGCUUUUACCACCUCUCGCACCUCUCCCUGCAGCACCUCGUCCGGUUAACCCUUCGGAAACCCCGCUCCCAAAUGCUGCAGAAGCGCUGCAACGCGAGGCUGCGCCGCGACGACAACAGCAGCCCCCACAGGUCCAACAAAGCGACCUGCCGUUAUUGUCUCUGUCUGACGAUGCCGUUCCAAGCAUUGAGCCGAUUGCAUUGCUGAAGGGGCAUAAAGGCCCAGUCUCGAGCAUCGCGUACAACUACCGAGGCGAUCGGAUUGCUACUGCGUCUAUCAAGGACAGCGCAGCACGCAUCUGGAAGUGGAAGCGGAAGUACAAGAGCCUGCAUGGGGCCGUUCUUCUAGCGAAGGAGUCUACGGCUGAGCACGACGACAUUUCCGCCUUAUACGGGGUGCGCGGUCGGAAAAUGCCUACCCCAGUGGUAGACACGCUGGCGUGGACACACGAUGAUUCACGACUGAUUACACUCCACAGCGUCAAGCUGAAUUCGGAAGGUGCAGAGCCGAUUUGGGAGCAAAGGAUACGCGUGUGGGAACCGAACAAAGGACAACUGGUGAUGACCCUGGGGGCGAUUGACAAAGAGAAGAAGAAUGGCCACGUCAACGCAGCAUUUGCACUUGGCGCGCACCCAACGGAUUGGCGGAUUGUGGUUACAGCAGGCUACGACGGGCGUGUCUUUUUGUGGGAUAUUUCGACGGGAAGGAUGCUGAAGUCCUUUACCAACUUGUCGCCAGACUCGAAACCACUUUCCAACCUCGACGGUGGAUUUACGCCUGAUGGCAGUGGAUUUUGCUUUACGGAUCAAAUCGGCCGGCUGCUGAUCUUUGGAACAGGGUCUGGAGAGCAGUACGCGGCGACGCCUGUGCAGCAGUACUUCGCGCAUGACUACGUUAUGCUAGUCACUGAUGGACACUACAACGUUCGAGACAGGGAGAUGCAAGAGUUGCCGAGCAUGAUGGAGUCUGGUCCCCUCAUGGAUGCUUCAGCGGUUCAAUAUCCACACCAGCCACCGCAUCUGUUGGCCAACAAAUCGCUCACGCCGGAGCAGUACGAGGAAAAUCGACGAUUGCGAGUCCAGCAAAGCAAAGAGUCGGAAAUUCAGUGUGGAGUCCGGCAUUUGCCAGAAGCUGAGAAGGAUAUUCAUUCGUUCCCCCUUGCUAUCGUUAAGGACGACGAGAAAAAGUCUAACCAGGGACCAGGAAGUUUUGCCGCUGAGGCGAUGGCGCUGGCCCAAGCGUCGUACCGACUAAAUGGUGCCCCAGUGAUGUUGUCUGAGCUUCGGCGUCGUAGAAGAAACCCGGACCCACUGCGGCGACGGCGUGAGAAUCCUGCUGUAGAACGUGACACAUCAGUGUUAGAGAUUGAGAUUUCCAGUGAGGACGACCGGAGUGACGAGGACUUCCAGGUGCCAACACCGCGCCACGCUGCAGAGGAGGAAGAAGAAGACGAAGAUGACGAGGAUGAAGAGGAGGAUGACCUGGAUGAGGAUGAUCUGCUUAGUGACAAUGAAGAGGCGGUGAUCUCUCCUGCAAACUCCAGGAGAAGACGCCUUCGCAGCACCAGACAGCGAGGAUCUCCUCGUGCUCGGUUUCCUACUCGUGGUGGUCGGAGGCUACAGUCGGAAAGCGAUAGUGAGAACGAGCAUGAAGAUAACCCUCGGCAGUUGCGAGCCCGGAGAAACGCGGCUAGAGCUCGUUCAAGAGUGGUAUUAGAUAGCGAUGCGGAGGACGAGGAUGGCGAUACGCCCUCGGAGCAGCGUGUCGUUGAAGCUGGCAGUGGAAGAAGUGGCGGUAUCGCAGGAGAUCAAUCCGAAGUUGUGGUCGAGUCGAACGAUGGCAUCGUCAUGGGAGACAACCAGUUGGAUCGGUUCGAUGAGACCAUGACUUAUGCUCAAAUGCUGGAGGCGAAGAGAGCUCAUCUAGGCGCAGCGCCAGUGCCGGCAGAAAGUAGCGAUGAAGCGCUGAUUCCAUGCGCGUUUUGUGGCGUUGGAGAUGACGAUGCGAUGCUCAAACUUCCUGGAGAUGGCAUGGGCGCGCAUCCUUUGAUCUAUGGAGUUCAGAGGGUAUUCGUACAUGAUCAGUGCGCCAUCGCGUCGCCCCUCUGUUUCAACCGAGAUGGUAACUGGUAUAACGUCGCGAGAGAGAUUCGCCGUGGAAGAUCACUGACUUGCGUUGCUUGCAACAAGCGCGGAGCGACGAUUGGCUGCACUAUCGCAGCGUGCCGGAACUCUUACCACUGGAAGUGCGCCAUCACUUACGGUUGGUCAGUGGAUCAAAUGCACUUCUUUUGCCCAACGCACCAAUCGAGACGCACGCAAAGACAGCGCCAAGAGCAAAGUAGUGUUGCUACUGAAGAUGGAGGAGCUAUCAUAGAACCUGCUUCCAAGCGGUUUGGCCUCAAAUUUCACCGCGAGUGGUUGCAGCUCGUCAGUCUGCGAUCGAUCCACCAGUAUGUUCCCCAGGUUGGUGACUACGUGGUAUACCUCCCAGAAGGACAUCCUGGGUACCUGAAUUUCGGGGGAAUGACCAAGCCACGCUAUUAUGCGCGUCUGUCGAAGUUUUAUGCCGUCAAGUGUCGUGUGGUCGAUGUAAAAUAUGUAUUCCCGACUGCGGAAGAGCACGCGAGGUGCAGCACGAUCAAGUGCGAGCUUGCGCUAGCGGUGCUUGCUGUUCCGACGUCAGCCGUUCAAUCGGCAGGGGGCCAAGAAGAACAAAAACAAGAGGAAGAAACCAAAGAAGGUGUCCCAUCCGACACCGCAGACUUAUUUAAUCCCGAGUCGUCCCCGUUCGCAGAAUUUACAAGCGUCGAUGAACAGCUGAACCCCACAACCGCCGAGCCUUCAGCACGCUUCAAUUUCAAGGUUCUGUAUCACUCGAACGAUGUGGCGAAUUUCCUCGUGCUGGAUCACAUUUACGAGAGUGGCGUUUGCGGGAACUGGCAGGUGGGUGAUCGCGUUCAGAUGCCGUUUGUGCAGUUGGACGAACAUGGUCUUGAGAUCGAGGCGAAAAUGUCUUAUGGAAAGAUCGAAAGUGUACUUCGGAAACCUCUGGUGGCGAGUAGUUCGGGAGAAAUUUCGCCGUGGGAGUGCGUGAGGGUUGAAUGGGACAGUCCGGAUGAUGAGACUUGUGCGGUGUGCCCGUGGGAGCUGGAGGCUGCAGCAGACGACGAGCGGCGUGAGAAGCGCCAGCUCGCGCUUGGUAGGCGUUCUACUCGACUGUUCUUUUCGCGGAGUAUUAUCGGGGAAAAGUGUGAGGCGCUGUUGCAGGAGGUCGAUCAAGUGUUGACGCUCUCGUUUUCGCGUGACUUUAUGUAUCCUGUUGACGAGGAGACCUUCAUGGAUUAUCCGUACUCGGUUGCCAAUCCAAUCGAUCUGACGAAGAUUCAGCGACGCCUCCGGCUCGGCUACUAUCGUCAGGUGGAGGCUUUCUUGGCUGAUGUGAAGCUGCUGCGAAUCAACUGCGAGACUUACAACAUUCCGUCAAGCCCAAUUUCCCAGAACUCGCGGAAUCUGUACGCCGCAGUUCUGACGCAAGCGCAGCGUCAUUUCCCGCAUUUGUUACGUGAUGCCAACAAUAACCGCACGGAGGCUGAAGCCGAGCAAGCGAGCGCUCGUUAUUCGUACCCCCCGGAUGACUUCCUGUCGAAUUUCAGUGAAGACCCGGAGGAAACGCAAUUGGCUCUGCUGGAGAUCGAGUUGUUGACUCCGACACCAGAGAACGCCAGUGUCAACUCCGUCGUUUCUACUCAAGUCGAGGCUCCUACUGCUGUCCCCCGUGUCACGAGUCACGUGCAUGCUGCUUCGCCCCAAAGGACUUCUCGUCGUCGCACUCGUAGCACCGAGGAAACCAAAGAAAGCGAGGUGGCAGCAGAAGAGAAGGUUGACCAUUUGGUAGAGCAGAACGGAGCAGCGGUCGAUGCCCCCGAGCAAACUGAAGCAACGACCAAUGCUGCAGAUGCUGCCGUCUUCAGCAGUCCGAGGAGACAGCUCCGUAAUCGAGAAGUACCGGAACCACAACUCGUGUCACCCCGUGCCCGCCGCACACCUCGAGUGGUGACGACACCAGUGACUAGUGGUGGAGGAGGCUCCGCGCGGAAACGACAGCGCAAAAACCCUGACAAGGAGCUUCUGACCUAUUCUGCUCUCAUGGACAAGUACACGGCUGCUCAGCGUGAAUCUAUCGAGCGCGCAUGCGAAGAAGAUUUGAGGUCCGUGCUGCAAGAGUUCCACGAGGCCCUCGUCGAAGCCGACAAGUCAGACGUGUUUGCUUCGCCUGUGACCGACGACGUGGCCCCACAGUAUUCAGAGAUUAUCCUGCACCCUAUGGACUUUGGCACGAUGCAGGACAAGCUGGUCAAGUACAGGAGCUUCCGCGAAUACUUUGCCCACGUAGAGCUGGUCUUCUCUAAUGCCAUCACGUACAACACGUGGGACGGAUUCAUCGGCGGACUCGUGGAAGACCUGCAGAAGUAUUGCGUCAAGUUUCUACUCGAUGCAGCCAACUCUGUUGCCGCUAUCUCCGAGGACGAGGAAGACAGUUGGAGCAGCAGCUCUUCGGAGAGCGAGGAAGACGACGACGACGAUGAAGAGGAAGAGGAGGAGACUUUCAGCGACGAGUCGGACUGGGGUGGUGCCGGCAGGAAGCGUCGACUUCGACGUCCUGCCCAAGCAUCCAAGAGCAAGAAGAAGUCCAAGCGGCGCUAA